CGAAGCGCGCGCAGGCUCGCCGCCGCGGAGGCGGAGGCCGCCCGAGGCGCGGAGGCCGUCCCGGAGCUGCAGGAGCAGCUCCGCGCGGCCGAGGAGGCGGCGGCUGGCCAGCGCGAGGCGUGGCAGGAGGCGCUGGGGGCGGCGGAGGAGGAGCUCGAGGCGGCGCGGCAGACGCUCGAAGAGGCGGAGGCGGCGGGCCUGGGCGAGGUCCACGAUCUGCGGGCCCGGCUGCGGGCCGAGCAGGAGGGCGCGAGCGAGGCCGAGGAGGUGCUGCGGGGCCUGCAGGCCUCCCUGUCCAGCCGCGCGCAGCUCCACCAGUCCCUCGAGAGCAGGCAAAGCGAGCUCGAGGAGGACGCAGAGCGCGCAGCCGACGCGCGCGCGGCGCUGCUAGAGGAGCUGCGGCGGAGAGAGGACAGAGACGCGGCCCUCUCGGAGGAGCUGAGAGAACUGCGGGAACUGGCCGAUGGCCACCACGCCGACGCCAGGGAGCUGGAGGCCCGGCUCGGGGAUGCCGCAGCCUUCAACGAGUCGCUGCAGGACCGGCUCUCCAGAGCGGAGGUCGCCGAGGCGGCGGUGCAGGCCGCCAGCAGCCACGAGGCGUCGCUGGCCGUCCAGGCGAAGGCCUCCGCCGAGGCGGCGCUGCGGCAGGCGCUCGAGGAGGACCAGCUCUCGCAGCUGCAGUGCGAGGAGCGGCUGCGGGGCGAGCUCCUCGACGCGGCCGCCUGCAGUGCGCGGCUGCAGCAGGAGCUCGCGGAGGCACAGGCCUCCAGCCCGCAGCCUGCGCCGCAGGCCCUAAGGGGCGAGCUGGCGACGGCCCGGCGGGAGCUGGACGAGGAGCGGGCCGCGGCAUCCGCCGCGGCGGCGGCGCUCGAGGAGAGGGCGCAGGCGCACGAGGAGGCGCGGCGGCAGCUCCAGGCCCUGCAGUCGGCGCAGGCCGCCGCGCCCGAGGCUCGCGCGGAGGAUGCCCGGGCCGCGGCGCUGGAGGACGCCCUGCGGGCCGAGCGCUCGCGGUCGCUCGAGCUGCAGGCCGCCCUGGCCGCGGCCGCAGCGCCGGCGGCGGCGGCCGAGGCCUCCGGCGAGCCCUCGCAGAGCGGCAGCGCCGAGCGGGAGCGGGAACUGCAGUGCGAGCUCAGCCAGGCGCACGAAGACCUGGGCGACCUCAGCACGACGGUGCAGAGCCUCAGCGACCAGCUGGCCGAGGCAUAUGCCGAGCUGCAGGCCGCGGAGGCCGGACCGCCCGCAGAGGAGCCGCCCGCGCGGCCAGCGCCGGUCGCGGCCGGCGUGCCCGCAGGGGGCGAGGGCGCCCUGGCCCAGCAGCUGGCCGCGGCGCAGCAGCGCCUGCAGGAGAGGGAGGCAGCGUGCGUCGAGAUCGAGCUCCGGCUGGAGGAGGAGAGAAAGCGGCGGGAGGCCACCGAGAAGGACCACGCCGACCUGGAUGCCACCACGCGCGAGCUGGGCGACCGGUUGAGCCAAGCCUACGCGGAGCUGACACAGGCAGAGGACGACAUCCGCGGGAGGGACGCGGCGCUGGACAGCCUGCAGGCCACCUUCUCGGAGGAGCGCAGGCGCUGGCAGCAGCGGGAACGCCAGCUCGAGGAGGGCUCCCGGCAGGCGCCGGCCUUGCUUGCGGAGGCCUCCUAGGAUUUUGAACGUCCGCGGCGGGAGUUGGCGGGCGGGUGGAGGCAUCCCCACUGCGACCACCGUCACAGUGCCCCCCCUGUGGAGGAUUUCUCCGAAGGGCUUAGGCGACCCAGCCUCCUCUUCCUCCUCCUCCUCCUCCUCGUCCUUCUUCGCCUGCUCCUCCUCGUCCUCCUCUUCCUCCUACUCCUCC